CGAGUUUCAGUCACAAUGUGUAAAAACAACAACAACACUAAAUAGAAAUGUGAAACUUAUUAAAUAUAUAAAUGAACAGUGGAAUUACAAUUAGAAAAUGAAAGUGAUUAAUCUUCUCGCCUUCAUUUUACAAUUAUCCCAAAGCAUUGGAAACACAGAUGGUGUGACAGACCUCGUCGAGUCCUGGCCGGUCUCCGAAUGUUUCUGCCAACACAGCAAUAACUUCUUAGACAUGACUAUAGUUGUAAAUCAUGCAAAAACUAAUUUAGUUAAUAAUUACCGGGUAUACGAGCUUGUUACUAAAAAACACGAUACGAAUUCUCGGGAUUUAUUCUCGGGGCCUACUGACCGAGAUAAAAAUAUAACUUACGAAACAAAAUUGAAGCAUAUCAAGCGAUUAUUAUUAAAGUUAGAAUUAAAAAAUCCCCAGUCGGGCUAUCCGUCUAGUGCGACAGAUAUCACCAUUUUUGAGAAAGGAACUCAAUCCGAUUGUCCAGGAGAUAAAGAUACUGAGAAUAGAUGUAUUAUUAAUUUGGACCUGUCGUCAGCAAUCGAUCGUGUAAACACAAAAAUGUCUGUAACAACUGGCAAACAAGGGCAAUCACAUAAUUUUUACUGUCAAUCUGCGGGAAAACAGCAUAAUUGGUGCUUAAGAUACAAGACAGGUCAAAACCAACAUGCAUGUUUAAAUAAUAUAACAAUAUUGCCGGUUAAUUUCGUUACUGAAUUAAUAUUGCAAUUUGAAAGGUUUGACAACGGAAUGAUGGUGCAAUGUUCUAACGAUGAGAGCAAUACUCUCGCGCUGAACACGACAUUGUCGGUGACAAGUACUAUAGAACGUAUGCCUCUUAUAAAGUACAAUAGCUUAGAGGACACUCGGUUUGAUUGUAUGGAAUACGAGAAUACAGCGGGUUUGAUAAAAGAAGUCUACGUAGUCUUCGUCAGUCUAUCGAAUGUUAUUGAGGAAAGUCCAUCGCCGGUGACGAAGAGAUUUGAUGAGAGUGACAACGGUGGCAUGCUGUGCUGUGUGUAUUACACGAGGAGUGGAAAUAUUGUCACGAGACACGUCGCUAAUAAAACAACGUUGGUGUUAUAUGACGACGGUACUGACACUUCCGUGACACAUGCCGAGUCUUACAACGGGACAAAUUACAACAUUUUGUACAUAGCCGGCGGCAUCGCAUCAGUCGUAAUAUUAGCUAUAGGUUUAAUAGCCAAGAGAUUCAAGUUUAAGAAAACCAACUCGCAACAUCUCGAAUUGGAGACUUAUGCAACUACCGAGAGAGUACUUUAUGCUGAUUUAGAUAAUCUGAGAGAAAGUCCUAGUACAAAGUAUGUUUCGAACGCAACACCCUAUGCCACUAUCAUUGGCUCUUUACACCCUGCGGAGGACGGUAAAAAAUAACGUUUAUAGUCUAUGGUCUGAGAGUCACGGACGUCUUUUGAACUCUUUUGUAAAAUGUUUGAAUAACGAAAAUUGUUAGUCUAUAACCCAUUAUUAAAAAAAAUAAGUAAAUGAAACGAAUAAA